AUGACUCGAUCCGUCAAGCCGCCCCUAUCGAACUCGGAUGCCGGUCUGGGCGGACUGUUGACCCAUCUGCCGGACUAUGGGGUUGUGAUUUGCAAGACUUGUCGAUUUGCUAUCCAGCCUAGUGCUUUUUCUAGUCAUCUCCAAAACCAUCAUAUCUUACGCUCCAAGCGUCGUGAUAUACUAGAUCAGCUGCGUUCGCUGCGCUUAACGCCGCCUGAGCGCGUCGGCGUUCCAGCCUCAGACUCGCGACCCGUUCCGAACUUGCCGAUUCUCUCCGGCUUCAAGUGUGAUGCCGCCGAAUGCAGUUAUGCCUGCACAUCCGUCAAACGCAUGUGUCAACACUGGAGUGAUAUCCACGGCGAGCCUAACUCAAAGGCCAUAAGAUACCGUGGCGCGAGAUUGCAGACAUUCUUCAGGGGAAACAAAAUCCGCUAUUUCGAGGUCGAGGGGCCGAAACACUUGCAAUGCUGGACCCAGAAAGAAAGUCAAUUGGCCUUCAAGAAAAUCAACUCAUUGUCGCCAAGUGACUUAGUGGACAGGGUCCCGGAAGAUAUCCAAGCACCACUCUUAGAUCACCGGUCUCUCCUGUAUAUGCAUCAUUACACGCGGCAUUCAGGUUUGUUUCUUAACAGGGGUAAUGAGAGCACGGAAUUCUGGGUAGACACAAUCGUCCUCGAAGCUGAAAAGCACCCGUUUCUGAUGUACAGCCUGCUAUGCAUUUCGGCCAUCGAAAAGGCACGUAAGACUCCCAACACUGACGAGAGACGCAAUCACUUGCAGGCGUCUGCCUCUUAUUGCGCCGGCGCAAUAUCAGGAUACCGCACUGCUGUGUCAUCACCAACAAGAGAAAAUAGUAAUGCGAUCGUAGCAUGCAGUCGACUUCUUGGUCAACAAGAGGCAGUACGCGACCUAAUCAGAUUUCAAGAUAAUGGUAAUCAUCACUUCACAAUAGAUGACAUUAUCGAACACCUCGUGCUACUUCGGGGUUGUACCGACUUGAUGAUACAACUGCAAUCUACCCUGCCACCAGACUCACUCUUUCGUCUUCCUGAUAAGGUCAGAAUUGGGCUAAGGGCAAUUGAGGAACAUGAUACCAACACCAUGCUUUCGAAUCCAGGCUUCAUUCCCGCUGAUACUUGGCUGGUUCUCAAUAUGCUCGAAGCUAGAUUGAAGGCUGCCGGACUGCUGCCAGCGAGUGAGGCUCCUAUGAUAAGACGUGCUAUAAACUUGCUCGCCUAUGCGACAGCACAGGCGUAUGGCGCUCAAGACGACGAGGUCGGCUGGGCAGGCUGGAAUGCCGUUGAAGGCUGGCUUCGCUCGCCUCUUAUUUCCGAGGAGCUCCUCCCCGCCAUGAGGGGGCUCCGUCCCUCUGCACUCAUUGUGUUCAUCUCUUGGGUAAUGAUCCUACUCACAAGAAUAGAAGGGACAUAUGACUGGAUGGCAGGCUUGUCUGCGUGGUUUGUACGAGUUGCAGUCCGAGUUGCAGAUAAUACACAAAUGGAAACUCUGGCGAAGCAGCUGUACCAGUUCGAUUGA